AUGGAACCUCUACCGAAACUGACACCGGCCAAGGGUGCUCAGUCGACAUCCAGCAAGGCAUCACCAUCACCCACCUUGGCAAAUGUUGUCCGCCAUUUCGCCGUGGAUAGCGGCUCGACUUUGUUUGCUACGACGGUAAUGACGGUGCUGAUCUUCGGCGGAUGCUGCUCCAAUGUAUACGCCCUAGAAGCAAUCAUCAACUUCGAGCCCACGAACGGAACGCUUAUAACCUUUGUUCAAUUUCUGUUCAUCGCCAUCACUGGCUAUGUAGCGCAAUUCGAUAAAACGCGUCCACCGUUCUUCUUUGCGCCCAAUGUCGUCCCGCUUCGCCGAUGGCUCGUUAACAUCCUGCUGUUCUUCACCAUUAACGUGUUGAACAACCAUGCAUUUAGCUACAACAUAUCCGUGCCGGUUCAUAUCAUCUUGCGAUCAGGAGGUAGCAUAACAACUAUGGCUGCGGGCUAUUUUUGCGGAAAGACAUAUUCACGCAUCCAGGUGUUUGCAGUCUUUCUGCUAAGUAUCGGCGUCAGUCUGGCCGCCUGGUCAGAUUCCAAGGACAAGAAAACGAGCGAAGGCAGUGCUGAGCCAGUCUUCAACGUCGGAUUCUUGAUUAUCUUUGUAGCUCAAGUUCUCUCGUCUGUUAUGGGCCUGUAUACUGAAGCAACAUAUCGCAAGUAUGGGCCACAGUGGAAAGAAAACCUCUUUUAUGCCCAUAUCUUGGCGCUGCCUCUCUUUUUGCCCUUUAUGCCCUCCAUGCGACGCAACUUAGUCGAGCUCAGCAAAAGCACUCCUCUUGAGCUCAACAUACCAUUCGCUUCAUCACUGCCACUUACACGAGUUCCAUCUCAGCUAGCAUAUCUGGCAGUCAACGUGUUGACUCAGUAUGCCUGUAUUCGUGGCGUAAAUCUCCUGGCGGCAAACGCAUCGGCGCUCACUGUUACAAUUAUACUAAGCAUUCGAAAACUCAUAAGCCUUCUGCUAAGUAUUUGGCUCUUUGGCAAUACCCUCUCAGUCAAUACCUUACUUAGCGCAAUUGUGGUUUUUGGAGCCGCAGGUAUCUACAGCGUGGCCCCAAAGCCUACCCUAAAGCCUGCCGUGGUUGAGGACAAGAAAAAAGUUUGA